CAGCGGGUGAGCCCAUAAUACUGUUACACUGCUGUAGGAAAACGAGUGUGUGGUGCAACUAACAGUAUUUUUUCUGAAGCAAGAAAAGAGAGCAACUGAACGUGACAAACUUGCAGCGCUGGCCAAAUCAACGCCUUUGAACGUGGAUGAUGAUGAAAACCCACGCCACGUAUUGCAUAUGACAAGUGCGACUUUGCGACCUAGAAUCUUGUUAAUGGUUCCAUGAGAUGUCUCGAGAAACGGUCAGCUUCAACCAGUCCGGCCCAACGCCCGUGUGCGCUGACGAAGGAAGUCUUACGUCCCGCACAGGCUGCUACGUCAUCACCCUCACCUUCUCCCAGCCAACUCAGAUUGGUGAAAUAACAUUUCGGAAUUACUACACAUGGGGCGUUGGCGUGCACGUUCUGCGGGCGGCCGCCUCUUCCCCGUCGAACAUGGGCGGCAUUGUGGGUGCCGGUCUUUUAGGGAACGAUGCAGGAUCUGAAGCUGCGUGGGCGUGGAAGGACCCCUCGGCGUGGCAGGUGGGCGUGAAGAACAAGGUGAUUAUGCCUCACCCCCACACUGAGACUGCCAGCCAUGACUUCGUGUCUGUCACUUGCCUUGAGAGUCGCGUUGACUGGCAGGACGUGAUCGGCAUGAGGCUGAUCCUCCGACAGCCUUCGCCGGUGUGGAGGACCUUCUUCAUCGAGGAGAUCACGGCCUACAGGGAACUGCCGCGCCUCCUCCCCUUCAGCGUCCCCAUCAUCAGCCAGGAUGGGCAGGGAGAGAAGCCCCAACCCACGCCUCUGGACCGCCUGAUUCAACAAACGCGCCGAGCCAUGCGCAUCCCCGAUGAAGAUUCGCUGGAGGUAAGCCUCUCCGUCGGUAGAAAUUUCUGUCUUAUAUGA